AUGUCUACUCGUGCAAGACUGCCUGCUAGUCAGCGCCCGGCCACUCCGCCAGACCCCACUCUUCGUACACGCCCAGUCCCAAGAACCCGCAAUUUCACACCCCGAUAUUAUGGGCCUGGUUCUGUACCGAUUAUCAACGAGCUUGUUCGCCCUCUUGAGGAGGUGCGCCAAGAUGCAGACCCUGCUACGUAUGUGCAUCCGAUGGAUGCACAACUCUUCGCAAUGCGACAGGAUGAGAUCUGGGAUUUGCUCAAAGAAAUCGAACUACACGAAUUCGAUUAUAACGAAGCAGAACAGCUGAGAGGCCGUGAUCCAACAUGGGGCUUCUAUGCAUUCGUCACUGAGUAUUCAGCUGACGUGCUGGAAAAGAUUCCCCGGGCCAUGGAUCAUCUCAUUAAAGUGACUCGCCGCAAUAUCCGAGCGCAGUCUACCUCUGCCUACACGGACGAGGCAUGUCAGCGGUUCAAACUCAGUGUCGUGGAAGAUGAGGAAACCUUGUCCGGUGCAUCAGAUGAUCGCGUUCGCGAGGAGUUUCGAGCGCAACUGCGGACGUUACAGCGGCUCAACGAAAACGACUGGAUCAGAGCCCCGGCUCGCAAUUACGCGUGCCUCGUGCUUGACAAACCUACCGUGUCUAUGCUAGCGGAUCUUUCCUUCCCCGAAGAAAUAAGACAAGACUGGGAAUUAUUUCAUCCCAAAACGAUCAAGGUGGUGGAUGCAUGGUGGAAGCGAGCUACGAAUGACUCUUCCUAUCGAGGCGUCGGACACUGCCCGAUCACUUCCCUUGCUCGAUUCUACAUGCUGGUGACCAGUGCUGCGAACAGCGGGGCAAUGGAGGACCUUUGCCCUUUGGAAAGCUCUCUGUGA